AUGGAUUCAGAAUUAAGAGAAAAAGCGUCAGAAGAUAUCGAUCUCCACAGACAUACGAUAGGUGGAUUUUACUUAACCGAUUGUUUGGUAUCCUGCGAAAGAUUCUCCAUUAAUGAACAAGAUUUACGUCAAAUCUACCUGGAUGCUCUACCUGCAAAGGGAACUCAAUUAUUGCCGAUUUUGAUUAUAGUAUCAUUAAAUUUCUUAAAAAUUGUCAAUUUGGUACGCAUUGAGGUAUUGCUUCAAAUUCCCAACCAACGCUUCACCACUUAUGUCGUUUGCAAUACGAUAUACCUCCGUUUCUUUGAUGAGUCUGCUAAAUCGCACAAAAUUGCAGCCGUCCAUACUGAUAAAAGUAUAAAUAUACUGUUAUUCCAGAUAGCACUGGCUCAAUCUUUUAACGUGCCUAUGAUGUGUUUAUCGUUACCGCUGUUGGAAGAAAGAGAUUAUAGGAUACAUUAUGCUUCACUAGAUAAGGAAGAAGAUUAUUUACAUCCCAAACUGCUGAAUAUGUCACGAAACAAAUACUCUCCACCGGUAAAAGCAGUAGCAGGAUUGUUAAAUCCUUCGGUUGAUUCCUUGGCCGAAACUGAUACGUCAAGUAGCGCGGUAUUUUUUAAGUUUGAUUUAACAUUGCCAUGGGUUCAACCGAAUUGGUCGUGGAAAACCACGUUGAAUUACUUUACGGAAAGAAAUAUUCCUGGAACCUUUAUUUUUAGGCUGAGUGAAUCUCAAAAUCAAACUAUUGUGUUGUCUGUGCAAAGAUAUCACAAUCUAUCCAAAAGUGGAGGGAGGGCUAUCAAUUUUAGAUUUAAAGUAAAAGACCGGAAGUAUAUUGCUGAAAAAUUUGACGGAGAUUCAUAUGAUAACGUUUUGCAAAUUAUUACCAGAUAUAAUCCAAGGGUUACGCAAGACCAUGCGACAGGAAACCAGGAUAAUAUUUUCCUUAACGCAUCUAUAAUUCCGGAUAGGGGUAAUCUUACUAACGAUCAAGCGAAUACAGUUCAUUUACUAAAACAGAAUCAAUUCGAUCUAACUUGCUUACACGAUAAAAAGUGA